UGUGUUUUUCUUGUUGGGUUGCAGAACCGAACCAGACAGUUAUAGAGGUGCAAAUGACAGACUCAAUCCAGCUUUCUUGGAUUUUUGCAUUGCUGUGUGUUUGUGUGUUGUGUGCAUGUGAAGCCAUUUGGAAUGCAAGGAAAUAAGAAAGAAUUGGGGGGGGGAUGAAGGAUAGGUUGGAGAUGGAAGAGAGCAGUCAAUUUUUUUAAAAAACAAAUAAUGCAAUUUUGCAAAACAAAGCAGAAAAACCCCUUUCCCCCCCCCCUCCAUCUAAGCCAGAUUUCUAUAAUUAUACAGAGAGACCCUGGAGGUCAUCUAUCUGGCGCCUGCAGCAAAUCCUCGACUUACGACCCCAGUGGAGCACAAAACCAAGGUCUGGCUCAUCAACAGAAAUUUUGGGCUCCGUUGGGUCGUAAAUCGAGGACUACUUGUCACUGCCUAUCCAGCGCCUCCAAAUCCCAUCAUCCUCUGCGCCGGGUUGACGAUGUUAGAACUCAAGCAUCUUUUCCACGCCCACCGGACCCGAGAUCUAGAGGCGUGGCGGUGAACGGUGGCUGGGGGCCAGAGCGCAUGCGCCCUAACUGCGGCGGUUGUUGUGGGCUAUUGUCCCUGCGCGGCCGCCGUUAGCUUCGCCGGAACUGUCUCCGUUCGGCCGCCGUAGCGAGCAGGCGCGAAACCAGGGACCGCGGCCUGGCGUUGCCAUGGCGGCGGCGGCGGCGGGUGGUCGCGGAGAGGAAGGGGCGUUGUGGGGAUCUCGGGGCCCGGGUCGCCCCGUCAUGGAGGACGAGCUUUACCUGGAGAACAUCGACGAGUUCGUCACGGACCAGAACCGAGUGGUAACAUAUAAAUGGCUGAGCUUUACCUUGGGGGUUCAUGUGAAUCAAGCAAAGCAAAUGUUAUAUGACUACGUAGAAAGGAAACGGAAGGAGAAUGCUGGAGCCCAGUUGCAUGUCACCUAUUUACUGGCAGGGAACCUUGUUCAGAACGGGCACACCUACCAUAAGGUUGCAGUAGUGAGAGAAGAUAAAUUAGAAGCGGCUUCUGCCUCCUUUCCAGCCAUGAAGUCCAAGUUCUCCACGCUGGCUAGCGUGCAUGUCUACAGCAUCCAGAAAGCCCAGCUCAGGGACAGCAGCCCCCUCUUCAACACCGACUACGACAUCCUCAAGGCAAAUCUCGAGAACUGUGGCAAAUUUAGCGCCAUUUGCUGUCCUGACGCCAUCAUCAGGCCUGUCGCUGAAGGCUCCCAGGCUGAGACCCCCGCCCAGGUGUCCCCCCAGCCUCCGCCUCCCGCCACAAGUGUGCACCUCGCUCCCGCGCUCAACGGCCACGCCCCAAGCACCUCUUCCAAGCAGCCCGCCCAGCCAAUUAAAGGCAUCAUGGGAAUGUUUGCGGCCAAAGCAACCUCCAAAACCAAGAACAUCAACAAGGAAGCUAAACUGGAGACCAAAGAGACGCCCAGCGCUUCGGUGACCAACAACAGCAAAGCCCCAACGAAAGGAAAUAUCCUGAACAACUUCUUUGGCAAGGCAGCUGUUAGCAAAGAGGACAAAGCCAGAGCUGAACCCGAGCAACAGAAGGAAGAGCGAUCCACGUCAAAGUCACCGGUUUCUUCCACGGACCCAAAAUCUCCCCUUAAUCCUCCUGGUCAUGAGAAGGCCAGCAAGGAGGCCGAGCCGGCCAGAGGGCAGCAGAGGGAUAAGAAAAGCCGAGAUCUCUGUUCUCCCAGAGCAAAGAGGACAGACGUGUCUGAUGAGGAGGAGAAAGGAACGGGCCGCCUGAAGAAGAAAAGGCGCCGAAUCAAACAGCCUCAGUCAGACAGCAGCGAUGAUGAGGAAGAUUCUUCCUCACUGGCAAUUUCUGAAGACAAUCCUCCUGCGCCAGCUCAGAAGCCACAGCCACAGCCAGCCCCUGCACCUGUGGAGGCUUCCGUGGGAGUGAAGAAACGCAAGCGGAAACGUGUCUUGAAAUCCAGAACCUUUGUGGACGAGGAAGGCUGUAUCGUGACGGAAAAAGCCUACGAGAGUGAAUCUUGCACGGAGAGCGAAGAGGAGGUCCGCACCAAGCCCAGCGCGGCUCACAAGGCCCCUGCUGGCCCCCCGAAAAAAGACCCCAAAGAGGAGAAGAGAGGCACCAAGAAAGGAGGGGCGGUUCCGGGCAAGGCCAACAAGCAGGCCUCCAUCAUGGGCUUCUUCCAAAAGAAAUGAGCUCCAGAGGAUCUGCAGGAAUCCCUGCCUGAGCGAGCCUCUUCCCCUGGAGGCACGGGAUUUGCUACCUAGGUGAGCUCUCGGGAUCCAGGCGGCGGGACUUGAGAAGCUUCUGAUCCUGAAAUUUAGGCGGACGCCGGGUGCUUGAAGACUUGGCGGGGGGCAGCCAGGUGCUUAGAAGUUUUCAGCCGAAGACAGUACACCUUCUUUGAUCUUUUUAACGCAGAGCUUUUGAGGCAGGUCCUCCUCAGGUGUGGUAGCUCCACCUCUUUGGCUCAGAAAUUGAAACGGCCAUCCCUCCUCUUCAGGUGUGGCAGGUUUGCAAUCCCUUCCUGGGAACGGGAAGGGGGUGGUUGUCUUUCUUGGGAAGGGGGUUGUCUUUGGGGCCACAACUAGCCCCCUCGCUGACAAGAGGUCCACGGGGGUCUCCAGAGGAAAGCCAGGGGAGAUGCCUCCAAGAAGAUCCAGGCGAGACUUCAUGGUUCCACAGGGCUUGCUUCCAAGAAGAUCCCCACGGAAUCUUCAUGAUCCACUAGGACUUGCAGCUGGAAACAUCUGACCUGGCCUCUUUUAAGGCUCUCCACUGCCUAGCCCGGUAAGGCCCCUCUGUUCCCCAGGGACAACUGCCAAGUUGAGAUCGUUGAGGGACACUUUGGUCUUCUAAGAAGGCCAUCUGUUGACUUCCGAUUCCUUCAACCGAACCCUCCGGAUUCCUCAGAUCCUGCAAAGCUUUGAUCCAGCCUCCGAAAGAUCCCCAGCCUGGGACUCGACCAAGGCUUGCUUUCUUGAAGCCCCUAAUCGGAUUGGUCGUUGUGAAUUCUCCACAAUGGGAAACCCUUCAGGAUUGGCCAGGAGCACCGUUGAGGCGGAAGGUCCUACUCUGUCCUUCACACAUCGGCCGAAAUAACUACCGAUACCUUCCCAACAUGGUUACACAAGCCAGUUGCCCUGGUUUCCCCGCCUCCAAAGAAUGUGGCUUUGGCUUGGACCCUCUACGGGGGGAUGUAGAGCAGCCCCUCCAUAAACUGGGAUGAAGGGAUGCGUGGAAAAUUGGUGGCCUUACGCUAUUUUGGGGGCAGGGUCUGCUCAAGAACUUGGCCGUUGAUAUCAAAGGAACAAGAAGGAAGAUGCUUCGGGGCCCAACUCCCAAAGAAAUUAAAGAUCUACAGAGGCCUCAAAUUUAGGUAAAACAACCAGUCCUACAAUUUGGACAUUGUCAGCUAUGUGUGACAAAAGUCACAACUGCCUCUUGGAUUACCGUUUUGCCUCUCUCUGGUGUGCCUCCUCCUUUCCACUUCUCCAGGAGUUUUCUGAUAAGUGGGUAGUGUUAUUUUCCCAGGUUUUCCACGGGAUAUUCUCAACGGGGAGCGGAAAAGGAGCAGGAAUUCAGAUCAGUUGUUCUCAGGCUACACCAGGCAAGUAUUGUACAGACACACGCACACAGACAGAUUAACCCAGUUCAACUCUAGCAGUUGUUAACCGUGGUUUUGCAGCCAUUAAAGGCUUCAUGUUUGCAGACAUGCAGAUAACCCCUCAAUAGUUAGGCACAUCCAUGCAUCUCCUCUCCCGACUAGUGGGCUGGCUGUUUGGAUUUUUGCAGCCAAAUAAUGGUAGUUGAGUUAUAGGCCAUCCGGCAAAAGAUGCUUUCCGGGAAGAUAUCCCCCCCAAUAAACUUUCUCUUAAAAUUCCGGAUGGCUUCUUAGAAUGGAUUGUCUGUUUGGUCUGCUAGAAGGCCAAAUGAAAAAGCGUUCACUUUUUCAGCUAAAGUGUAUUUCUGCACAGCAUUUUAAGCCUGCAAAAGCUUUGAUUUCAACGAGCAAGUUUAAUUAAUCCCUUGCUGAAAAAUCAGAAAUGAUCCCAAAAUUAUUCAGAGAGCAAGAAAUGUCUCUUGCCCUGGUUUGAUCAGCUUCCGGGUCAGUGUUUCCCAAUCUUGGCAGGUUGUAAGUGGGCUGGACUUCAACCCCCAGAAUUCCCCCAUUCAAGCAGAGCCGGCUGGGGAAUUCUGGGAGUUGAAGCCCACCCUUCUUAAAACCUGCCAUGGUUGGGAAACACCGCAAUCCUAGUGGGUCAUUUUACAAUGAAUGCCCCAGGGCAGUAAUAAUAAUAAUAAUAAUAAUACAGAUAUUUUUUUGGGGUGUGGGUGCGUUUGUCAACUUCCAAUCAAGAACCAGUCUGUAGUGUUUAACUCCAGUUUUGUAUGUCAAACCCCAGGGCAAGAAGUGAGUCUGACUUUCUUGGAGAGAAUUAUGGGUUGGAUAAGGAGUUAAGAGGCCUCUGUUGUUUCCCUUCUUUUUUUGUCUUUUCUUAAAACAUUGUCCUCCAAUUUCUCCCCCCUCCCCCAAGAAAUUUAUACCGGAAAAGCCAAGUUGAAUAAAGACAUGGUCUUGUAUGCUG